AGGCGGGACAAGAGAAAGACCUAACGAGCGAGAGACUUCCUGAGGUGACGUCAUCCCUGCUGUGUUGGAAGGGGCGGCGCAGACCAGCAGCCGCAGCAGCGCAGCGGGACCAAGUGGCUGCCGGCGGGGCUCUUUGCCGGCUUCCCUUCCACGGAGCCCACCCGGGAUCCGUCCGCGCGGCGCUUCUGCUGCCCGGAGAGGCGGGGGUGGGGGGUGCCAUGGCCGACCAGGACCUGCUGGACUUCCUGCUGCGGGAAGAGCUUUUCCUGGGGAACGAGCCGGAGCCGGAGCCGGAGCCGUGGGGCUUCCCGCAGGUCCCGAGCGGGCAGGAGGAGGAGCUGGAGGAGCUGCUGCGGUGCCUCUGGAGUCCUUUCGGGGAGGAAUCGGACAGCUCCGCCGAGCCCUCCGGUCAGAGCAGCCUCGCCGAGGACCGGAGCCCGCCUCCUGCCAGCAGCCUCCCAGCCUCGGGCCGCGUGGAGUGGGAGCACAACUACUCCCUGCACCUGACUGCCCCCGACGCGACGCGCACGGAGGCCGCCGACAGCGACGUGGCCAUCGAUCUGGAAAUGUGGGCAGAUGUAGAGACCACCGAGGGCCUCGGCCUUCCCACUGCAGCACUCACAGCAGAGCCCCUGGUAGGAAGAGGCAUGCAGUUCGACUCCCCCCCACUGGUCCUGACGGAUGAGGAGAAGCAGCUCCUGGAGAAGGAGGGCAUCACAAUUCCCUCCCACCUGCCCCUGACCAAGACAGAGGAGCGGGUCCUGAAGCGAGUCCGGAGGAAGAUCCGCAACAAGCAGUCGGCCCAGGACAGCCGGCGGCGGAAGAAGGUCUACGUGGACAACCUGGAGAACAGGGUGCUGGCCUGCACGUCCCAGAACAGUGAGCUCCAGAAGAAGGUGCAGCUGCUGCAGAAGCAGAACACGUCCCUGCUUGAGCAGUUGAGGAAGCUGCAAGCACUCAUCCAGCACUCAUCCACCAAGACGGCUGCGGCCAGUACCUGCACCCUGGUGCUGCUCUUCUCUUUCUGCCUGGUCCUCCUGCCCAGCCUCUAUCCUCUGGGCAGCCAGAAGCAACCGCUGGGGCAGCAUGGAGUGUUGUCCCGAAAGCUGCGCGAAUUGCCAAGUGGAGCUUCCCGGAUGUUAGCUGGUACCCCCCAGCCAGCAGAAGUGACAAUGUCCCUCUCCCAUCCUGGGUCCCCCAGGUUGCUUUCAUCAGAGAAAGCUGUGUCCCCCAAAGCCUUUGGGGCUGCAGGAAGCUUCAAUGGGUCUCUGGAAGGCCUACAGAGCGUCCUGGGGACUGCCCCCUCCCCCUCUGCCAGCAAUGGCAGCUUCUCCUCAGGCUCACCCUCUCCUGCCUUGGAGGGACUCCUCCUGGCCCCCAAGGACCCUCCUCCAGGGAAGGAGAGGGCACUCCCGCCUGCCUCUGUCAACCAGCAGCCUGGCUGGGCAGAUGGUACUGCCAGCGUCAUCCUGCAGCCCCAUCACUCCGAUGAGAUGUGAGGACUGAGGCUUGGGGCCGCUUUGCCAACAAUGUGUAGAUGCCGAGAUCUUGAAGGGGAGACUCUGGAUGGAGGGGGGGCAGGGGGGCAGCAGGAAAGGCUUUGCAAGAGAGGCUUUGCCUUGGCCGGGUUCCUCACUUCACCAGCCAUUCCUGGGCUCAGAAGAAGGAGUGCUGCAAGCCCCAGCAGGAGAUGCUGCCCAGACUCUUUGCCCCCAUCCUAGGCAUCUGCCCUGCAUCUCUGGGGGUUCCCCCAAGAUUUGCUCUGGCCCUGCUUUGUGUAAUAUUCUUGUACAGGGCAACCAAUAAAUGGCUCAAGAGGGGAGCCCCUCCCUCCGGAAUGUCCUGUGUCUUCCCCAUUGGCCUCUUGGGAGAGGAAGGCCAGCCCCUCCUUUCCCACUCGUGGAUUUUGUGCCACCUGUGGGGCCACCUUGCUGGGCGUCCUCCAAGGUCGUCCAUCCCCAGCCGCCUCCCUAGGGUGUCCCCAUCGCCACUGGGACUGUCCCCAGACUUAUGGGUGGUCUUCGUCCAUUUCCCAGCAUUGGGCCUUCUGGGUCCUAUGGAGAACACCUGGCCGCUGAACGGGUCUUGCCUGGGCUGCCCACUGGGCUGGCUUGUAUUCCAGGCUGCUGCCAGCGGGCUUCCUUAGACUCUUUGGGCUUGCCUCGCAGCGGGGGGGGUGGGGGGACGGGACGAGCGGAUUAAAUGGGCCUGUGAAAGAAUGGCUAGAUUGUUAGCACUAAGCCUAGCAGAUGGCUCAUUCGAACAGGGUGGGGUUUCUGUUUCAUUUAUUAAAUCCUUCCAAUUUAAAGUUAUGGAAGUAAAGGCAUUGACUUAAUCCUGCAAGGAUUGGAGAAGGAGACAGGCUGACUAUGCCCUCGGGUGUGCAGUGAGGAAGAGGAAGCUGGGGAACUCCUUUUGGGGGGGGGAGCAAGUGGCUGAAACGGGCAGGGCAAGCAAGCCCGCCCCUCCCCCAAUGAGAGGUCAGCUACCUUGUUGAAAGCUGGCCAAAACAUGGGGUGAGAAAGAGAAGGGGGCAGGCAGAGCAGCUCUGCCUGGUGGGAACCAGACAGCUACCUGCUCCUGGGAGUGGGGGGAGUUGGCUAAUGGUGGGGGGGAGGUGCCAGUCACUCCUGAUGCAUCCCAAACCUCUCCUGUUCCCCUCCCAGAAGGACAGCUGUGUUUUCCUCUGAGUUUAGGAGUGGCUGUGUUUGGCAAGACUUCAGAACAAGGGGGAAAUGCUACUUUGGGAAACCAAAGGCCCUUUGCCCCCCUCAGAAUCGCCUGAAUCCAUAGGAUGGGUGGCAAAUAAAUUGGGUAAAAAAUUGCCCCCAAUCAUGGCACAAACAGGACCUCUGUUCUGCUCCCAUCCAAGUCUUCCUUCACUGUCCAGCCCCACACCAGGGAGUCUCCUCUUCCUGCCAGCUGGCUUGUGGAGGCUGCUUGGUAGGCAGCCUGUGAUUGGGCCCUGGAAGGAGCAUCAGUCUCCUUGAAGAGAGGGGAAUGUGUCCCAUGACCUUGAAGGAGAUUUAUCACGUGUGCCCUUCUUUUAUCAUUGUUUUAUUGAAGUUUCUUAUAGUAUGAAAUAGGGAAAGAGGGUACAGGAUAAAAGAAGCAAGCAGCAAAUAAAAAAAACAUUGACUUCUAA